AUGGCGCCGGAAAACCCCCCCACCCAAAGGGGGGUGGUACGACCGCAGCCGGCGAAGGAGCCCAGUACCGCUGCGAAAAAGAAGCCUGCAAAGAUUGCCACCACAAAAUCAGCGUCUACACAAACGACGUCUGCCCCGACACCUUCAACAGCGCCGGCACCAGCCCCCGAAACUGCCGCACGCACCACGCCGCCGCCAGCCCCAGCAGCACCCACCUACUUCGACGCCCUCGUCCUAGAGGUCUUAAGCAUGCCGGUCGGACCCAGAAGCCCCAGACGCGUCACGCCGCCGCCAGCGCCAGCACCCAUCUACCGCACGCCCCCGGCUGCCGACCUCUUCGACGACCUCGUUGCGGUCUUGAACAGCCCGGAUGGACCUAGAAGCCCCAAACACACUUAA